UAGUCAUCCAUCCACUGACUUUAAAGUAGCUGACAACGAUGCAUACAAAUUUUAUUCGGAAGCAUCAUAAAAAUGGCGACCAAAGAAGUGAGGUCAGAAGAUGUCUUAGGACAAAAGUGGGACCGCUGCUUAGCCGAUACAUCAAUUAAGUUUGUGACAGGUGCUGGUGUUGGUGUUAUAUUUUCGGUCCUGUUUUUCAAAAAGAAAGCAUGGCCAAUUACCUUAUUUUCAGGGUUUGGUUUAGGAAUGGGUUAUUCAAAUUGUCAACAUGACUUCCAAGCACCAUAUAUUCUUCAUGGAAAAUUAGUUAAAGCAGAUGAAGGUAGUUAACAGAAGAAGUAACAAGUUUAUUGUUGUGAAAAUGUAAUAAUAAUGUGAUAGAGUGAGUUAUGUAUGGAUAUUUAAACAACAUAAUGAACUGUUUGUUUUGUUAAAAACAUCUCGCAGAUAUGUACUUUAAAAACGGAUUGAAACCCGUGCUUUAUCUAGAAUUUAGACAAUGGAUUUAUUAUUUCAAAGACUUUUUCAAUUGCUGUAUGUAUUAAAUACAUAUUCAAUAUUUUCAUGUAAUGUUACUGCUGAUGGUUAGAAAAAAGUCAAACAGUAAAAUCAAAGGGAAAAAACCUUAAAAUACAUAAUUUGGAAAUUAUAUUGUAUUUUUCAACAGAGUAGCAGUAUGUGUUAACAAGUAAUAUUAAGAUUUAAAAAAAAAAUGACCACUGGAAAUAGCAACACUGGAAGAAAAAAAAGUUAUAUCAGAAAGAUAAAUGCGGAAAACAGACUUUAAAUUAUCAACAGAGUUAGAUUAAUUUAUAUGUUAGAGAGCUGCUAUCCAUUUUUUCUUGAUUUUUAAAAUCUUCUUAAGAAAGAUUUGCACAUGAAUAUUUUGGUUUUUAAAAACAUUGCCUAAGUGCAAUGAUUGUUGACAUUCUUUUGAAAAAAGUACUUGUAUGUAAUUGUUCAUAUAAAGUUUUGUAAAAUCGUGUAUAAGAUAUAUGUAAUGCUGCAAUUAAUAAUGGAUUGUAUGUGUAACUAAUAUUUAAAAAAUCAAUAAAUGAAAGAAACUUGCAUAAUGUU